AAAAGUGGAAAUUUUCCUCGGUGGCGGGCGCGAUUUUUCCGGGCGGUUCGGGCCUUUUUUCGCGGUUUUCGGUGGCGUCGCGUGCUCGCGUUUGUGGGCUCACGAGCCUGCUUCGAAGUAGGAGCCCGUUUUCGGGAGCCUUCGUCGUCGUCGUUCGGUGCGAGAGCAGCUGAUCGUCCGCGUGUGCGUUUUUUUCUUUGCUUCUUUCUUUUGUGUCGCGAGUGUGUUUGUGUGUGACGACCACGCGGGGGUGUUUGUGAAGGCUUGAAGGCGCCAAUCACAGAAAGGGCACACGACGUGAUCGAUGGCGCCGUGUGGUGUCCCCGGGGAGCGGCAAUGUCGGUCAAUGGCACGAAGCGACCGAAGGGGGUUUAGGUGAAUUCUAACCUCACUUUUCGUGUGCAAAAGAAGAGUAGUUUCCAGGGGGGCAACAGGGAAGGAAGCGGGGGUCAAAGUGACGGGUUCGCACACCUCUCUCACUCGGGGUGUUGUUUAUUAUCGUGAUCAAGUGUAAAAGCGCUGUCGUAGCUUUUUGCAAUGGCGAAAAGAAAUGUGAUCCCCGUCCAUCACCUCCGCAGCACCCCUCCGAAUCCGUCAAACGUCGCCGUCACGGCGAGGUUAGUGUGCGAUCUAGGCGCAAAACGCGAGCCGCGCGAUUUAUUUAUAUGUGCAAAAAUAGAAGAAAAUAAAAAGGUCUAAAAUAUUUCACCGUGCUCGCGGCGUUCUGCACCUCUCUCACUCUCGCUGCGCAAAACGUGAGUGUGCGAAAGUGCGCUCUCACUCACACCUUUUGCGCGAAAGUCACCAGAGCAAAGAGGAUCGUUUGUAGCAUCAGAAGCGGUCGCCGCCGCCGCCAGACGACCAAAUAUUAAUGAAGCAAUAUAAAAAUAAACAUCAAAAAACGACAUAAUAAAACUUCAACUAGGGAGCAUCAGUAGCAGAAGUAGUAGCAGCAGCAGCCGCGGGAGAAAGGAGCCCGAGAAGCACACACUAGUCGUAGUGUUUUGUAGUAAAAGUGUAGUGUGUUGUUUGGCACGGGGGCAGAACAACACGCACGCAUACGUUGUCGUGCGUGCUCAAGCAACACGUUGAUUGCUGAAGAUUAAAGUGAGGAUUUACUGCAGUUAUGAAAUGAUUUCAGUGUUUGUAUGAAAAAGAAAAUUAAAUGUGUUUAACGAGGAGAAGAAAAUUUAAAGGAAGUUUUUGUGUGAUAAGUGAUUAAAUGUGAGUUGAAAGGCAGUCUCCCAUCGAAAUCUCAUGCCAAGUGCAAAGCUCGGUGUCCGAAGGACACAUCAGUGAUGUUUAGUGUGUAAAAGCAAGAGGGGCGAAAAGGGGGAGGAGUGAAAUCCGGCAGCCGCAGUGGCCCCCCAGAAUGUGUCCAGUGGUGCCGCGGGGGCCGUCAGCCGAACGUACGGGCUGAUCUUUAUGCUGCUGACACUUUUGCUCUCGUCGGCGAGUCCCCUAGCGGUGCCAUCAGCGGCACAGUCUCAGAAUCAUCACCGGAAAAGUGUUGUAGUGUCGAGUAGUUCUAGCGGAUCAUUCCUGGCCGGUCAACAAAUGCAGCAGCAGCAGCAACAUGGCGGAGGUCAACGGAGAACUGAGUCGGUUCUGCCGAGUUGGCCGGACACCCCACCGGAUCUGUACAACAUCACGCUCAGUGCAAUGAAGCAGUACAUUCGAAGUCAACUGAACUCUACCCGGUUCGCGAAGGGACCCCGGAAGCGAUCCCACCACCACUUCUCGGACGCCGACCUGGACUUUUACCAGAAGCUCAAAGAGUUCAACAAUACGCAACAGUCCGGGUUCAUUGCCCAGCCCGUACUAGGUUUUAGCAGCAACAAAUCGUCCCCGCCAAAUUCCGUCCGGGAGCCGGUUGGGGUGGAGUUGCCACUCAAGGAAGAAGAGCGGAUGGUCCCGUGCGGGAUCGUUCCGGAGCAGUCUCGAGCAGCUGCCGUCGACGCUGGUAUUGUGGACGCGGUUGGUGGUAGCGGCCAGAAGGAAGAAAACGUCCUCAUGGACGAUCCUCGCGAGUACAUUCCGAGGGUAUCGCCUGCGGGUGGCGUCUAUCAGCACCGACCGGUGGCGAAAACGACCAGCUGGGAUGCCGCCUUCGUAAGACAUAAAGGAUACGUGUACUUCCUGCUCUCGUUCUCGCUGAUCGGCAUCGUCGUGCUCGGGCUGUUCGGUGCGUACCGGUGUCUUCGCGUGGCCACCGUCAUUGGCCGCGGCACCGGCACCCAGGCGUCCGAGGCACUGGCCACCCUGCCCAUCCAGUUUAUCACCAGCGACGACCUUGCCGCAGCAGUCGCAGCAGCCGCAGGAGCAUCCAUAAACGCCGACUCGAACCAUCUGCCUGUACCCAUGCUAUCGGUACAGUCGCCCGGCUGCGCGGGGAUGGAGCGGCUUGGCGUUCCUGCCCGCAGUUCGAUUGGAUCACCACCACUCCGAGAUGAACGAAAUCGACGAUUACGAGUGGACAGCGGCACAUCCGGCGCCGCCUCCGCCAACAGCAACUCUUCCACCAUCUAUCAACAUCAUCCCAACGUGCACAGCCAUCACAGCCAUCACUCAGCAGUAGGAAACAGCAGCAGCACUAGCAGUAAUUUUAUGAGCAUUCAUAACCACCACGCCCAGUUCCACCAAGCGACGACGACGACGAGUCGGACGACUGCCCAAAAGGACACCGGAAGUUCUGGUGGGGGCAGCUCGAGCAACAGCUAUCUCAAGGCGGCCAGCACCGGAAGCAGCAGCACCAGUAGCAGCUUCUACGGUACGAUCAACAACAACAGCAACAACCUGUGCAGCGCCAGCACCAUCAGCAGGUGUCCGCACCACGUGGCCCUGCCGGAUGGGGAACGGGGACCGGACCGGGACCUGCAGAUACGGUCGUCCAGUCAGCAAUCGGAGAUCCCCCGCACGUACGUCAAGGCCCCGCCCAACAAGACGGUCCGGGACGUGCCCGUCCAGCACCAGCACCACCAUCCGUCAUCGUCCGUCGGUGGCAUCGGCUCGUCCGUGUCCUCGUCGGCGUCGUCGUCCAUGAACAAUCUCACCAGCCAGCACGCCCGGUUCGGGGGCAGCGGCAGCGGCAUCAGCCUCGGCAACCGGGCCCUGGUCAACAGCAUGUCGACCAUCGGGUCCAGCCAAGCGGCGGCAGCUGCGGCCAAGUCGGACAAGCAGAAGAAAACAAUCCUGUGGUUCCUCGCAGGUAACAAAACGUCGAAAACGUCGACGGCGGCGACGACAGCAACUAGCAGUAGUAGUGGUAUUAGUGUUAAUAGUAGUAGUCAUAACAAUAACAAUAUUGGACCUAACAGUAGCGGCGGCGCAGCUAGUUGUAACAAUAAUACUAUAAGCUAUCAAACGCGAAGCAAUCCGACGGCGUCUUCGUCGGCGUUGGCCGCGGCCAGUAUGAGCGGGAGUCGGAGCGGGUUGAGCUCGUCCAGUCAUCUAGCAGUAAGUGGAAUACAUUCACAUAAUCAUCACUACCGGCAGUCGACGGCGUCGACGGUUCAGCAGCGGCACCAGCCGACCUCGUCGAUUCCAAGCAGUGCCAGCGGAAGUAGCACCGGCAGCAGCAGCACCAGCACUCCGAUGUCGGUGUCGGCCAGUCCGAGCCCGGACACGAGCACGCACUACAUGUGACAGGACGGCCGACCCGCGCCGGACAGUUGAAAUGGUGCACACCGUGAAGAUGUGCUGCUGCUGCUGCGGCGACAGCCGUUCUGUCCUUCCGACGAGUCUUGUGACGACUCGUCGGAUUCGGCCCGGAAGGUUCCGCUGCAGGACGUUGGCGUGUGCCACCGUCGGCGUCGUCCCCGUCUGGGCGGCUGCCACGCGGUGGCACUCGAGUGUGACGACCGGCUGUAGAUCGGACGUCGAAGGAUCUCAGAUCAGAUUGUGUUUGCCUAUAGCUAGAGGAUUAAUUUUGGUUCUUUCUUCGUUGCUGGUGAUGAUGAUGGCGGCUUGAUGGAUGUUGGUCCCGCGGUGGCUACCCGCUCUUUUUUCUCCUACGCUGCUUAGUUGCAAAGGGAAAGGUGAGGCGUUCUUUUUUCUCUGAUGAAAUUGAUUUGAAACUUCUAAAAACAAAAAUUUAACAGUGUCAUUAGUCUCAGAAAAAUAAGCUAUAUCCGUUGUGUGUAAUAAAAUCAACAUUUUCAAUCACAUUUUUUGAUCCCAUCUCAUGAUUUUCGGGAGGAAUUUUGUUCUCACCGUCAGGGAUGGAAUAAUCGCACAUGUUUCGUUUUCGCUAGCGAACUUUCUCCACUCGCGAAAGAAGAGACGAAACACGCAAAAAAUCGCUCUCGAACUAUUCGAAAAAAAAACAGUCAAAAGAAGAUGUUUUGCGAGUCUCACGGUAAGCACCACUUAAAUUCCUUAUUUCGUUUUGUUUACAAACACUGUUCAUCUACGAAAAAUGACAAAAAAAAAUCAUUUUCAGCGCCACUUAAAAGUAUUUUACUUUGUUAACACACAUUGCCCAUCUACUAAAUGUGACAGGUCAUUUUUCAACUUGUGACGUUACACUUUCAAGUGGAGUAAAAAGAUGACAAAUUUGGUGGUGGUGGAAAUUUUCUUUUAUUUCUUUCACCGAUCUUUCGUGUGCGAGAGAGGAGAGCCAUGCUCACUUCGGAUUUUUUCUCUUGAUGAAUGUCCAAUGAUUUUCUUUUGAUGAUGAUUAAUCAAUCGCUGGGUUCGAUGUGAAAUCGAUGUUCCGCCGAAUAUUCCAAAUGAUGAUUUUUUGAGUAUCCUUCUACCGAUUCUUCGUGCGUGAGAGAGAAAAGCCAUGUUCCCUUCCGACUUGAUUAGCGUCAAUGUUCAACUCUAAUGACGACCAAAUUUCGAGCUGCUGAGGGUUAUAACAGCGAGGUUCACUAUAACCACAUAUAACAAUCGCUUCCCAGAAAAAAAAAGUUGAAUUUUGGAAUGUUUAAAAUUUGGUAGGUUGAAUAUUACCUCUUUUUUUGAGUAAUAUUACAUAAAAAUGUGUAGAAAUGUGAACCUGAUGAAUAUACAUCAAAAACUGAUGAAAAUUCAUCAUUUUCAGAGGUAAAAUUAAUCAUUUUUUUUGACACAAAAUCUGUCACCAUUUCCUGAUGAAUAUUACAAUCAUUUUUUUCUGUGUUACUCAUUGAUGCUCUUUUGAGAGUUCGGUAAAGAUUCUUAUCCUCAUGUUCAGCCACGUCUUACUGUCAUUGGUGAGAAAGUUCAAAUGUGAAUAAUUAGAUUCCUUCCUUCCUGGUAUUUGUGCAAAUUUUGGUAUAUUUUGUAGCAAUACACUAGCUUUUUAUCAUAACACAUUUUAUGAAACUAUUGUUGUCGAUCAAAGAAAUUUUAAACGAAUUCCAAACUUUUUCUUGCAAGAUCUUGUCGCUCGAUUGGAACAUUGUUUUGACAGCUCGAUUAGAACUCAGAAAGUUCGCCUCUCUACACAUGCUCUCUAAUCCAAGGGUCUUGAUUUUCGGUUCAAAGAUCAAAAAUCGCUCAUUCAACGCCGAGCGAAUCUUUGCCGAACAGGAGCGCACAAUUAUUCGCGAGCGAACACGACUCGCUAACUGCCAGCGUCUUGGACAAUCGUUUCAUUCAGCGAUACAAAUACUUCGUGAAUUUCUUUGCCGUCCAUCGACCCGAGUCACAAAGAGAAUAUGUUCAGAGAGGAGAGAAUCUAAUAAAAUACAAGCUCGGCGCUCUUUUGGCCUGCGCUACCACUAUUUGCCGUAAAUUUAUAUUUGGCAAGCUGGAAAUAGCUGUCUUUGAUGUUGUGUUAUCAACAAAAUUGCAAAACAUUUUUAAUAGCAAGUUUAAUAAAUGAUUAAUAAAUGAUCAAAACAAAGCAGACUAUUUCCAGUCAAUUUUGAGCGAAAAAACGCAAUCAGCCUCUCUGAACCAAUUGCUGUAAUAUCCGUUUGGAGUGAGAGGGAGAGCAAAGAGAGAGUAGUCAGUAGCGAUUGGUGUGGAAGUGAUAAACGGUAGGAAACGGUCCGAGCAGUUUUUCGUCGCGUUUGAUUUGUGAUCGCGAGUGACUGAGUCUUUUUGGAACAAUCAGGAACCUUGCUCAAUUUUUAACAAAAUUAGGUUUUACAACUUGACGUCAUGAGCGCACAUUUUCACAAAGACACAUGUCGAUGCCUCUGUGCUCAUAUGCUAACCAGAUAGGAAACCCAGCAAGCUUACUACAAGAGAGCACAGAGGCAUCGAGGUGUAAAAAAUGUAAACAGAGCACGCUAGCUGUCAAAUGUCAGGUUUACGCCCUUUUAAAAAGUGAUUGCGGAAUUUCAAAGAUCCAACCGGGAACAAAAACUUUCUGCUUGAGACAGUAUUUCAGAAUUUUAAAAAUACUUGAAAUUUGUUCAGAAGAGACUUAUAAUUUGAAUAUUUGAAGAGAAAAUAGAAUUUCAUCAAUUUCUUUUUGCAACUAAGAUAGAGAAAGAGACAUACUUCCAGUAUCAGUCAGUUGUACAUUUUCGUUCUGUCGUGUAUUGUAGAUUUCCGCACGUAUCCUUAUCCUUUUCCCCUUUCCCAAACCUUCCGAGUAAGCAAACCCAAGUAAGAGAAAUACAAAUGUUUUAAAAAUAAAACCCUAUAUUUUACUGUAGCUCGUAAGGUCUAAGCAGAGAACUAAAGAGUAAUAAAGAAGAAGAAGAAGAAAAAAAGUAUCAAAUCCAUGUGCAAGACUACCAUUUAGUGAAAGAGGAGGGGGUGCAACCAAAAUGAAACGAGAAACGAAAACAAACAAAAAAUGUGGGUGGGUGGGGGCUUGGGCAGAGCGUAACUAAACUAUCAGCAGCAGUGUGUAAAACUAGUAAAGGAAAUUAAGUAAACAAAAAAUGCCAGCCUAUUUUCCUCUUUCCUGGCUAGGAGAGGGGGGAAUGAUGAAAAGAGAAAGAAAAACACUAGUAAAAUUUUAUUAUUUGUUAAGUUAAAUUAUUUAAUUCUAAAUCAAUUUGUAUUGGCUGGUGGAGUUGAGAGAGAAGAACAAUAGACGUCAAAUAAUCCUACAGCGGAAUCUUACUACACAGCUAAUGCAAAAAUUCAUAUUCAAGUUAUAGCAAACAGAAAAAUAAUAAAACAAUAGUAAACAAACGAAAACUGCUUCAACAAAUAUAUAGCUCAACUACUACAGCAAAAUGCAAACAAAAAAACAACACACAAUACUUAGCACAGGAAAAUAAUAAUAAAAGAAAUACAUAUACAAGAAAAUAGGUGUAUAAAGUUAUGCACACAAACACACAAACAACAGGCAGACCCGCAAACCAAACAAAAACUCAUAGAAUAAAACUACAAACUACUGGAAGGCAAAAGCGAAACUACUACUACAACUUCAACUUCUACUACAAACUACAAUAGCUGCAAGAAACAAAGCAAAACAAAACAAAAAACAGCAACAACAAUACACUACUAAACAAACCACUUACAUAAAUCACAUGGCUGGGAAUGUGUAAUCUUUCUAAUUAAACAAAUCAAAGUUGUAAGAGCGCAAGGCAUAGAUAAAAGAAAAGAGAGCGAGCGAGAGAAAAGCGAAACAGCAAAACAACAAAUAGCAAAGUAAACCAAUAAAGCAAGCGACGCAAAAAGUGAAAAAAAAACUAUCAUCCAACAAUUUUCAAGCUGGUGCGUGAGAGAGAAUGAGUGAGAAUGAUCGAAAAUGAAAAUGUAGGCAUUAAGAAUGUGUGAAUAUUUAUGUGUUUUAAAAAAAGCAAGCAAAAAUAUCGUGGAGAUUUCCGGAUCGACCGAAUUUUUCGGAGUGGGGAGGGCACACGGUUAGUGAACAGAACACUUUUUUCGGCGCGAAUGAAUUGUGAUAAUUUACCAAAUUGAGCAAAGCAAGCAGUUUUUAAAACAAAUCGAUGGGGAAGGGGAGGGGGGAGUUUGAAAUUCAAAAUUUCGUUUCGUGUUGCUUUCUAAGUUUUUAAAUUGAGAAAUCCACCAAAAUUAGCGCGAAACGCGCUCCGAGAGAAGGCACUCACUAACACACACACACAUAAAUUCACCGAAAGUGAGAGAGGGAGAGCGAGAUGUUGAUGUUGGGAGAGGACCGCGUGUGGCACCAGGAAAGUUUAUUUAAUAAACUACAUUUAAAUGAAGAGAAUGUGAAAUUGUGAUAUAUUCAAGGUAACGAAUAAAACAAGAAUAAAGAGAAGAAAAAACUACUAAGCGGUGUUCAUUAUCUAAAGUUAAGGGAAUGUAGCGUAAAGUAAUUUUAAUCGCAAUUUUCUGUCUGUAUGGUGAGGGAAAAGAGAGAGAGAGAAAGCGGGAGAAAGACGCGGGAUGUACGCACGUUGUAGGGAGAGAGAAGUAAGAUCCGAAUAUUGGCAUUAGAACCGUACCCACUCACACACGCAUGCGAAUAUAUAAAUACAAUACAGAUACACAACCGUACACACACAUACAAUAACCAAAACUAGCCGAAACGAAUUGUUGUACACCGUAAAUAUGGAAUGUUCUUCGCUAAGCAUUGAAUAAAUUUUCCGUGAAAGUUAUUGCUCUUUCCUAGCAUCAACUUGUUCCGAAGAUUUUUUUUCAAGUCCAAAUUCUCAUUUCUGCACCCAAACGAGAGAAUGCGAAACUCGUUUGCAACAAACCAACUGAACGCACACUACCGAACAUCAACGCUUGCUGACGUAGUAGGCGUGCGAAACAUUCAAUCCUUGAAAGUGGAAAAAUCAUCGAAAGCAAACUUCUCUUCUCUCUUUCGCGAAAUUUUGAUCGAUUUGUGGGAGAGCCAAACGCUCUCACCAAUACACUCACAAGUGAAACGUCAGACGCUGCUAAAUGUGCUGUCACUUUUCGUUGCCAUCCAAUGUUUGUAAACUGUCUGUGAAAUUCAUGAAAUUAAUUUUUGUUUGUUGAUAUGUUUUUAAAGUGAUGAAGAGCCGAUAUUUCUCUUUCAUCUGAGUAAAAUUUUCACAAGUUUCGAGUGAAGAAUGAAUUUUAAAGAAAUUGGAAUUGCCGGUGCUGUAAACACUAAUGUUGCCAAAGUCUGUUUUUAGCAAAUUUAAAUUCAAAGGAGUGAUUUUUUAAUUUGAUAUUUAACUAUCAAAAAAGUUGUAAAAGUUGACUAAUUUGACAUCAUAAAUCCAAAUAAGUAAGAAAUGAAAAAAAAUAUUUAAAACAAUGAGGUAAAACUAAUCUGUAAAUGAGAGAAAACGAUGGCAUUUUCUCUCCCAUAAAAAAAGUUUCUCUCAGCAGCAGGCACUUAACAGUCCUCUCACUAAUACUAUCACAAUAAUGUGCAUGACAGCGUCGCAUUCUUCGGUUGGGUGUAAGUCAGUUUUUUACCUUCACUUCUCUUAGUUAGAAAGCUAGCGCAAUUUUUAAAAUAUAGUUAAACAUAAUUCUCAACAAACUGGACUCUAGCGAAAAAAAAAAUGCAACCAAAAUAAUCAAAACAAAUAUCAACCUAUACCUGUCUAUUUACACACACACAACAACAACAAAACACAACAAGUCGUCGAAACCCCUUUUCUCCCAUUUGUCUACAUCCCAACGAACGUGUGAGUUUUGUGUAGUGAAAAGUACGAAAACUAGUUAACCUUCCUUUACAGAGCAAAAAAAAAACAUUAUCGCAAAUAUUUCUUCAUCUCCUACCACAACAAAAACAACAUACUUCUGGUGUAUCGGCGAUUAAUUUAAAUAGUUACAACGCAUUAAAAAAAAUCCUGUAAAUAUUGUAAAAAAAAUAAAUUUUAAAUAAGCAUAAUAACACUGCUACAAUAAAAACACAACCACCAGCAUCAAAAUUUCUCGAUUCGCGCCAUCUAGCUUCGUCAGCUUCAAACACUCACACACACACUCACAUCACAGUGAAACAUCCUUCGGUUCCAACUAUGCUCAAGAAGAAACAAACGAGAAAGCAACGGGCGAGACAGUGAGCAAGAGAGCAAUUCUCUCGCGAAGAGUAAAUAGCGAGAGUUGCUCUCUUGCUCACUGUCAUGCCCUGAUAGCAGAACACAACCUAACAAAAAAAUAGAGUAACGCAAAUAAUGCUUAAAAAUAUAAUUUUUUCGCCACAAAAUGGGAUACAAAUUAGAACAGCAGAAUUAAAAGAAAACAAAAAAUAACCAAUCGUAAAUCAAAACAAAACACAAUACAGCGGACCGAAAGGGUGGAAUCGGAAAUAUUAUUGAAAUACUGUAGCAAAAAAAAACAAACCAACCUAAACCAUUUGGCUUGGAAAAAAUCAUCUAAUUUCGUUUUCAUUAGGUGGUUAAACAAUAAAAACAAGCAAGCCGAGAAUAUUUUAAAACAAAUGUCUAUAUUUUUAUAGAAGUGUUCACCGCCAGCCAAAGGAGAGAAGAGAAAAAAGGCAAUCCUUUUGGUGUAACCUUACACUUUAAAUUGGAACGACGCUGAAUAGUUUCGCAACCAGUACGCUUGAUUUAGUUUCGAUUUCUGGUCAAAAUUUUAAUUUCGAAAAAAAACUCACAACACGAAAAAACUGACGCUUUGUUCCAAAGGUUUAAAAAAAAUUGGCCGUUCGUUUCAUUUUAGUGCUAAAAGCAAAAUCGGGAAUGCUUCCCAACCAGUCAAAAUUUCAGCAAAAAAGUAAAAAAAAAAAACCAUAGGAUUAGACUGCGACGAAUGGUGUGGAAAUGUGUGCGCGUGCAUGAGUACUACUAAAAAGUGUGCGUGAGUAGAGCCCGAUCGGUGUGACAUGUCGUCUAUGAAUAUUGGUGGAAUCAAGGUAAACAGAAGAAAAAAACAUUGAGGAGAGAGAAAAAAAACACAUACACACACGAAAAAUCACGCGUAAAAACUGUAAAAAUUAAACUUCUAUGAUAACACGUAUGUAAAGCAGUAAGAAAUAUUUUAUGUCAUCUUCUCGUUUUUAUUUUUAUUAUUUUUUUUAUUACGAGGAUAAUAAAAAAUGUGAAAUUUUAAAUUAUAUAUUGAAAUAUAAAUAAAUCAAUGAUUAAUAUUUAUUAUGCAAAAACUGCAAAAUCCAAGAAAAGUGGAAAAUGGAAUAUAUAUUGAAAAUAAUUAAACAAUUAUGAAAUAAUAAAUGAAAUUAACAUUCCCCAAGA